AUUUGGCAGCUAAGAAGAAAAAGGAGAGAAGACAUUAACAUCGAGCCAAUUGCUGGAGAAAUCAAAGCACGCUACUUUUUGGCCAAAAUGAACAGGGAAAUCGGGAACGGGGAAGACAGAAGACUCCAACGAGAAGAAAAGAGAAGAUCCGUGAAGAGUGGAGUUUCGCGGAGAGCCAACAAUAAAACUCAUAAAUCAAAUAAGACAAAAGACUCGAGGCGAACGCAGGACACGAAAAACGAAAGCUGGCGUGCGUCGCUAGCUGCCCCUCCCCUCAAACCACUGCACUGAGAAAAAAAUCUUUAAAAAAAUAAGAACUUUAAUAAGAAAAUUUUCCAUUUCUUAAGGAUUAAUGAAAGAGGAUAGAAAAAAACUACCAUAGCCAAAGGACAACAUGAGAUUUUGCAUCUCCCUGAGGAAAGAUGACAAAGGGUUGCGAAGGAGGGGCAUGUGCAACGCAAUAUUGAGCCACGAACUGCGAACAAUGGGAGCAAAUAACUGGCAGGCAUUUCGCAGUCGCAAGUCGCAGUUGCACUCGCGAUCCAAGUUGGCAUCCAAUGCUGGCAAAGAAGACAACAUAGACGUAGACAUAGACAUAGACAUGGACAUAGAUGGUCUCCAGAUGAGUCUCCCAGCGAUGAAACACGAAGCGGAGGAGCAACAUCCAUCGACCACCGACCACCGAAGCAGCAACAGUUGCUCCGAGUAG